GAAUUAAUGCUGAUUCAUUGGGUAGGUGACGACGACACGCAACCUGCCCGAAACAAAUGGCGAUCGUUGGGUGGCACGCGGGAGAAACACAGAGACAGAGAGGAGGAGGAGAAAGGAAACUAGUAGGAACCUGCUCGAUCGGGUUUCAAACUUGUAAAAGAAAAAUGAGUAUCGCUGGAACCUCAGAUCCCAUGGGUGGUAAUCGCGCAACGUCCGACCGCUACCAAGAGCUCAAGUCCUUUGACGAGUCAAAAGCUGGAGUUAAAGGCCUAGUUGAUUCCGGCAUAGUGAACAUUCCUAGAAUAUUCAUACGACCUCCAGAUGAGGUUGAGGCCGAUGAGGCCGAAGAGUCGUUACAGUACACGGUUCCUGUCGUAGAUCUUGGCGACCUGUCCUCGAGGAGAGCUGAGACGGUCUCUGCAGUGCUGGAAGCUGCAAGGGAUGUGGGGUUCUUCCAGGUGGUGAAUCAUGGCAUUCCGGUGAGAUUUCUGGAGGAGAUGUUGGCUGUGACCCGCGCAUUUCACGAGCUCCCGAGGGAUGUGAAGGUGAGGUACUAUAGUAGGGAGCAAAAUGGGAAGGUGAAGCUGGACAGUAACUUUGAUCUGUAUGAGUCCAAGUUUGCUAAUUGGAGGGAUACGUUGUUUUGUGUCAUGGGGCCUGAUCCUCUCGACCCAGAAGAGUUACCUCCAGUCUGCAGAGACAUGUACGGGAAGUACUCUAAGGAAGUCCAAGCAUUGGGAGUCACUCUAUUUAAAUUGCUGUCUGAGGCACUCGGGCUCAAACCCGACUACCUCGCAGAUAUCGAUUGCCCAAAAGGGCAUGCCAUUCUCGGUCAUUACUAUCCAGCCUGCCCAGAACCCGAACUGACUCUGGGCACCAGCGGGCAUUGGGAUCCUGACUUCCUCACUAUCCUACUUCAGGACAGUAUAGGUGGACUUCAAUUUCGAUAUCAGAACCACUGGAUCGAUGUCCCUCCGGUGCCUGGGGCACUUGUCGUCAACAUUGGAGAUCUUCUACAGGGGAAACCUAUGUUUUCCUUGCAGCUUAUCUCGAACGACUUGUUCAAGAGCGUGGAGCACCGAGUACUGGCAAGCAAAGUUGGCCCUCGGAUAUCCAUUGCGUGCUUCUUCACAUUUUAUGACUACCCAACUACGAGAGGUAGCUGCUGCUCAAAUCGCCUUGCAGGUCGGUACGAAUUUGUGGGAAUCUGUAGGCAUCUGCCGCUUCUCGAUAAGAUAUUGUGUUUCAUUAUAAGCAUGCUAUGUAUUGCCAUUCUACCGUAUAUGUACAAAGCAAGAGCAAUUGCUGUUACGGCGAUGUUAGUUAAGGUGAGCAUAUGCUGUACUGUGUCUCACAGGGUUGUCGUAUGGUACUACGUACGUUGAUUGAGUAGAUUCAUUCCGGACAUCAGUUCGAAGUUCGAAUGGAAGAGGAAGUCUUACUUAAAUUGAUCCACUGUGCUGCGUCAGUUCAUAAGUUUUGAGUUGCAGUAUAUGUUACCGGGGUGAA